AUGGCUAGCGGAACCCUCCCGCCGUUUCCUACAAAGUUGUUCAUCAACAACCAGGUGGAAAAUACCCCUCAUCCCAGCACAUUAUUGCCUGCUGAUCGUAUGAUCAUCAACUUGGUGGAGCGCGAUGCAGAACGACUUGCCAUCCUCGAGUCCCUGCCUACAGGGAAACCGGUGACGCCUACCAUCCACUUUGAUAUUGCGCAUAUGUUGGAGGUUUGGAGAUAUUAUGCCGGCUGGACCGACAAGAUCUCCGGCGAAUCGUACCCUGAGUCCAACGGCGUGUACAAGAUCGUCCGCCACGAGCCCCUCGGCGUCUGCGCGGGGAUCGCCUCUUGGAACGCGACCUUCAUGUAUAUCGGUUGGAAGAUUGCGCCGGCUGUCGCCGCAGGCAACUGUUUUAUCUUCAAGCCGUCUGAGAAGUCACCGUUUGGGACGCUGGCGCUCGGUGCGCUUUUCGCUGAAGCUGGGUUCCCGGCGGGUGUUGUGCAGAUCCUCAACGGCGGUGCAGAGACAGGUGCUGCAUUGGCGAGGCACAUGGAUAUCGCGAAGAUUAGCUUCACGGGCUCUCUGGGCGGUGGCAAGGCUGUGCAGGAGGCGGCGACAAAGAGUAACCUGAAGAAGGUCACCCUGGAACUUGGGGGAAAGAGCCCGGCGGUGGUGUUUGCAGAUGCAGAGCUUGAGAGGGCUCUAGGAGGGGUCUGCGGUUUCCUGUUUAACUCGGGCCAGGUCUGUGUCGCGACAUCCCGCGUCCUCGUACAGAAACCGAUCUUCGAGAAAUUCACCCAGGGCCUCAAGUCCGCCUUCGAACAGACCUCCUCCACUCUUGGCGCCGACCCUCUGGACAAGAACGUCAGCUACGGCCCCAUCGUCGACAAAGCGCAGUUCGACAAGAUCAUGUCCUACAUCGCCAUCGGCAAGCAAACCGCCACCUUACUGACCGGCGGCGAGCGAAAAGGCGACAAGGGCUUCUUCAUCAAACCGACAAUCUUCGUCAACCCCGAGCCUGAGAGCCCGAUCGUUAAAGAAGAGAUCUUUGGACCCGUCAUGGUGGUUCAGACAUUCGAGACGGAGGAAGAGGCGAUCGCUCUGGCAAAUGCGACCGUGUAUGGGCUGGCAGCUUCUGUGUAUACGUCAAACAUUGACCGCGCUCUGAGGGUAUCGAGCGCGCUCGAGUGCGGAGGCGUUGCCGUCAACUCGCCGUUCCUGCCGCAGGUAAAUACGGCGUUUGGAGGCAUCAAGGCGAGCGGAAAGGGACGAGAGCUGGGUCUCUAUGGGCUGCUGGAGUAUACGGAGGCGAAGAGUGUGCACAUCACAUGCUGUGUGAACCGUGGUGGCUGGAAUGAUUUAGGCACGCAGCCAGAUCAGCUGCAAACUGCAGGAAGCGUAAUGAAUUGUCUCAGGCAGGAAGCUGAGACAAUCUGGAUUGAUGAGGCCUACCGAACAAGUACCUAA